AUGUCUGUGCUCACAUUUAACAGCGUCUUCCUCCUGCUGCCGCUGCUGUUUGGACUCUCACUCGGGACGUCUCCAACGUUCAGCGUGGACUACAAGAACGACUGCUUCCGCAAGGAUGGGGAGCAGUUUCGGUACAUAUCAGGAAGCAUCCACUACAGCCGGAUCCCCAGGGCCUACUGGAAGGACCGGCUGCUGAAGAUGUACAUGGCAGGACUGAACGCCAUCCAGACCUACGUUCCCUGGAACUACCACGAAGAGUCUCCCGGCCGCUACGACUUCAGCGGAGACAGAGAUGUGGAAUAUUUCCUGAAGCUGGCUCAGGACACGGGCCUGUUGGUGAUCCUUCGCCCAGGGCCGUACAUAUGCGCCGAGUGGGACAUGGGUGGUCUGCCUGCCUGGCUUCUCAACAAGAAGAACAUUGUGCUGCGAUCGUCUGACCCGGAUUACAUUGCAGCCGUAGAUAAAUGGAUGGGGAAGCUGUUACCCAUGAUGAAGCCUUACCUCUAUCAGAACGGUGGCCCCAUCAUCACUGUGCAGGUGGAGAAUGAGUAUGGCAGCUACUUUACCUGUGACUACAACUACAUGCGUCACCUGACCACACUGUUCAGAGCCCACCUGGGAGACGAGGUGGUGCUGUUCACCACAGAUGGGGCCGGGGUGAAUUACCUCAAAUGUGGCUCCAUCCAAGGCCUCUACGCCACCGUAGACUUUGGUCCUGGUGCGAAUAUAACUGCUGCCUUUGGAGCACAGCGGCAGGCCGAACCUCAAGGACCUUUGGUGAACUCUGAGUUUUACACCGGCUGGCUGGACCACUGGGGAUCCCGUCACUCUGUCGUGUCAUCCGCUGCUGUGGCCAAGUCCCUCAGCCAGAUGCUGGCUGUAGAAGCAAAUGUUAACCUGUACAUGUUCAUAGGCGGUUCGAACUUUGGCUACUGGAAUGGCGCGAACUCUCCGUACGGCGCGCAGCCCACCAGCUACGACUACGACGCCCCUCUCUCGGAGGCGGGAGACCUCACAGAGAAGUACUUCGCCAUCAGGGACGUCAUCGGAAUGUACAGCAAGGUGCCGGAGGGACCCGUUCCACCAACGACGCCAAAGUACGCGUACGGUCCCGUUAGAAUGAAGAAGCUCCAGACGGUGCUGGACGCUGCAGAAACACUAUCGUUCUCAGGUCCGGUUAAAAGCGCCUACCCUCAGACUUUCACCGACUUGAAUCAGGCCUUUGGUUUUGUUCUCUACAGGACGACCCUGCCUGUUAAUUGCAGCCAACCCACCCCUCUGUCAUCACCUCUGAACGGGGUCCACGACAGAGCCUAUGUGUCAGUGGACGGGGUGGCGGUAGGGAUUCUGGAAAGGAACAAGGUCCUGAGUGUGAACGUGACGGGGAAGGCUGGAAGUCAGGUGGACAUACUGGUGGAGAACAUGGGCCGAAUCAACUAUGGAAGAGAAAUCAAUGACUUUAAGGGCUUGGUCACCAAUCUUACCCUGGGACAAGUCUCCCUCACUGGCUGGACCAUGUACAGUCUCAACAUCGACGAGGCAGUCAGACAGGGCCUCCUUGGAGAAAAACCUCCCGCCAGGGUAGCUCCAGGUCAGCCUGCGGCUCUGUCAUCUCCAGCCUUCUAUAAGGGGACCUUCAUCAUCCCCGACGGGAUUCCUGACCUCCCUCAAGACACUUACAUCAAGCUGCCAGGCUGGAAGAAGGGGCAGAUCUGGAUUAACGGGUUUAAUGUAGGCCGUUAUUGGCCCGCUCGAGGCCCCCAGGUGACACUUUUUGUUCCUGCCAGCAUCCUGAGCACAGCAGCACCCAACAAUGUGACCGUUCUGGAGCUGGAAGCAGAUCCAUGCAGCUCCCAGAGAUGCACUGUUGAGUUUACAGCCACCCCGAUCCUCAAUACAACAGUCUUCUCUGAGCACCAACCGCACCAGAAACUGUUCACUAAAGAGGAUUUGCUGUGAGGAUACGGGAUCUCUCAGUUUGCACCGCAGGACUCAACGCAUGAGCCUCAAAUCAACUGUUGUUUUGUGAAAUGGAUUAGCAUUUGCCCCCCCCCCCCACCAAUCUGUGUUACAUGAAUGUCAAUUUAUUUUCUGAUUCUGUUUUUAUAAAAGUGUUGGCACCAUCUUAUUCUAACAUGUUUCUGGAAGCUCCUCUUCUGAUGGGGAUUAUAAGCAAUGGAAGCUGUGGUGUUUCAUAUUUCAGGGAGCAUUUCAUUUUUUUUUUUUUUUGUAUGAAAACCACAUCAGGGAAAUACAGGUUCAGAUGAGUAAUCCUAUCAUUAAAAACAGCUGUGGGGUGUUCAAAAUUUCACUUUGGCCAAGAUUGUCAAGUUAAAAGUAUUUAAG